AUGUUCGAGUUUGGUGAUGAAUCGAUAUUUCGAAAAAUUUCCAGGACCAAUUUUUCAGAUGCCUUCUCCGAAAGUUUCCGCACCCUCGCCCUUACGGCACGUCGGAAUUCGUCGCCGCUCACCCGGAAAAGCACGAAAAAGAUGAAAAAAUCACGGCUAAUCUCGAAAAACGGGGUCUGCAACGUGUACAACGCUAACGUGCCGAAAAAGGAUAGACAGUAUUUACGGGAUAUUUUCACUACCAUGAUUGAUGUCAAGUGGCGGUAUAUGUUUGUGAUUUUUGCGUUGGUGUUUAUUAGCAGUUGGUCGUUUUUUGCGACGCUGUAUUAUAUGAUUGCGUGGUUCCACGGCGAUCUGCCGGAGCAGCUGAUGGAGGCCGGAAUGAACGUUAACCAUACGCAAUGUAUCGCAAACCUAGAGGGUUUCUACGCGUCAUUCCUAUUCGCGGUGGAGACGCAUCAUACGAUAGGAUAUGGGCAUAGAUACACAACAACCGAGUGCAAAACUGCUGGGCUUGUAGUUUGUACCCAAUGCAUCUGUGGGCUCUUGAUCCAAUCUUUCAUGCUGUGUUUCCUUUGUCGGGUCGGAGACAUGCGGAAUACGCAUCUCGUGGAAGCACACGUACGGCUCCAAUUCAUUACCGACCGGGAGACGAGUGAGGGAGAGAUCGAACCCCUGCAUCAAUACGAGAUGAAGGUCGGCCCGAGCAUCACCGACGACGACCGGAUAUUCCUGGUCUGGCCCACCACAUUAUGCCACGUGAUCGACAAGGAGAGCCCAUUGUAUGAAUAUGCCGCUCAUGCGCUCCCGUCUGCGCAAUUUGAGAUUAUUGUUUUGUUGGAGGGUAUCGUCGAGUCGACCGGUAUGACAGCCCAGGCGAGGACAAGCUACCUGCCGACAGAGAUUUUGUGGGGCCACCGGUUCCGAAAGUUGGUCACCUACCAGCGGAGCAACGGGUCCUACCAGAUCGACUAUAACCUGUUCAACUGCACGUAUCCGGUGAAAACGCCGAGCAGUUCGGCGGCCGAGUACUACAAGAGCAGUCGGAACUCCUCCGAGUACUUCUGCCACGACCACCACGAGCACCGACUCGAUGAGGUCAGGAGUAUGGAGAGCACCCCGACGCCAUCAAUACUAACCAGCUACCCCAACUCACCGCUUCCUAACGGCAUCAAGCCCCAAAACCCCGACGCGUCGAACAGCUCGAUACCGCCGCCGUCAAUUGUCGUGGAGUGCCCCUCGAAUUGUGCCUCGCCCAACCACGCCGACCAGAAGAAGAAGUACACGAACUGCCGGCCGAACAACAACAUUUUCAACUUUUACACGCGGGACACUUCUUGCGCGCUGAGCAGCGGCGACCUGUCCGGCUGCACGAGGCCGUCCACGGCGCUAUCGGAUUUGGAAGAAGAAAGGGACCCACUAUCGCCACCGCCAGCUUUAGGCAACAAGCGACUCCUCCAAGAAGAGCUCCGGUGCAUCGACGAUGAGGACGCAAUUAUU